AUCCGCCAAGUGCUUCUACAGAUUGCAAGCCGUCUUUAAGGAUUUUUCAAUGGAUAGCUAUGCUAUUGACUUGGCUUUCUGUUCUGGAGUUCUUUCCUAGAUUGUAAUUCAUCUCAUGUGAGAGGUAAGUGUUUCAAGCAAGCGAUCGCUGUAAGUACAAUACAUUUUUGUGUCCUCGACUUCCAUAUUUUUACCUUCUACUUUCGGGGAUAUUAGUUCGGGGUUGUAGAACGCGUAGAGAGAAGAAAACACAAAAUAAAUUUCGUUGGAGAAAAAACCCCGAAAGAAAUUGAACGUCUCGACCUGCAGCUCAUCUCCAAAUGUUCAAUCUUUGCUCAGUUGCCGCUUCUGUAAACUGGAAUUCUCUGCCUAUUUAUACUUAAAAGAGCGGCAUCACGUUGACUCCUCAAGUCAACGCUCAAAGAAUGUUUUUGUAACGAAGCCAUAAUUUUGUUAUUUGCAACGUCAAGUUUUAGAAAUUGUCAAAGACUAAACAAAAUGGAUUAAACUGCCGUAGCGCAUUUCCUUAACCACUCAGUAAUGAAGCAGUUUGUUGUACAUAAGACAAAUUUUACUAAAAAGGGUCUCUUAAAAGGAAACAAAAACUGAUUAAUAUGGAGUGAUUUGUUGCACGAAAGACUGGCUCGGCGUCGUUUCCAGAUGCAUUAUGGGAAUGUUUCUGGGACGCUAUCGCGACUUUCUAGAGAGCUUAAGCACAGGCCAGAGCAAAGGCGUUUUUGUGCUUCGCACUUUAACCGGAAGUGAGGUCUUCUUCAUUUUAAAGCUCCUUGACGCUACCAAAUUUGUAUUUUUAAGUGUCUUUACUAUUAUAGAGACGAUUUGUUCAAAAAUUUGGGUAAAACCACCGUCCAAAAAUGAAAAAACACCACUUCCGGUUGAGGUGAGUGCCUCGCUCAAAAUGUCUUUACUUAAGCUCACUAUCAGUUAUUGACUAUUACGUGGUUGCACAGAAAACUGGGGCAAAUGGGCAAAUAGUCGUCCGCAAAAACUAUUACAUGAUGCAAUUACACACAAGACUGCAAAAUGGCCAAAAGAAACUUACUACUAUACUUUUCCAAUCUGCAACUGGAUUCAGCGUACGUGUGUUGUGGGGUAAUGUAUAUUCAGCGCCUUGGAUAAAUGACAUGUAAUGUCGCAUUUUACACAUCCUCACAUUUGCUGUGGCUAUGCCUUCGCUUGGCUGAGCUGACAAUGUAGAAAUGGCGUUCCCAUCUCCGGUAAGAGAUGUAAAAACAAAGUCCUCAAUUAGUAAUUUCGUGCCAGUUGCAAUGACAUUUUCACCGGCAGAUUUAGGGGAGGGGACCGAAGGGCCUGGGCCCCCACACCAAUUUUAAGGCCAAGUGAAGCGCGCAGGGUCAACAAAUCUUAUUUUCUUGGUCAGGCUCUCUCUUAUCAGGGUCUUGAUGAGCAGCUUCCCCCACUUGCUUGAGGAUCUGAUCAUGAAUCCGUGGUUUUAAAAGAGUGCGUUUUUUAUUUAUCAUCAUCAUUAUCGUCGUCGUCCUACCACCAAUAAGACCACAAUUAUCACUGCCAACAUCAGCAACACCAUUUUCAGCAUCAUCGAAAUUUGGCUCAUUAUUAUACUUCGACAAUGGCGUUAAUCGCCUGCAGGAACAAUUCACGCUUUGGCAAACUUCGUCGCAUGAUUCCAUUUCGUUUAAUUUGUCUGCAAAUGUAAGCAAAUUUUUCUGGAGUGGAAUUCUUAGAGUCCUUCAGUCCAAGUUCAGGAAAGAGAAAUACAGAAAAAAAAUCGUGUUGUGUUCACAUUCACCAUAAAACGUGAAAUUUAUGAAAGAAAUGCACUGAAAGGUGUACUGUUAGAACGUUUUCACUCAAGUGGCCAGCAGCCAUGCAAAUUUAUUGAGACACCAACAUGGCCACCGUUUUGUUGUAUAGGGACGCCAAGAUGGCUAACAUGACGUAAUCGGCUCCUAGAAACACUAAUAUUGUUGUUCUUUUUUAUUAUUAUUUGACGUACCAGUCGUUAUCGUCGCCAUCGUGUUUGCGUAAGCUCCCUAAUCACGUGGCAACCUCAAGUGCAUUGUUUCAUUCCUUGCACAUUUCAAUAAAAAAUACUCAGUGUUUGUAAACAAUGAGCAUCUCUUUCUCUUUUGACGGUAAUGUUGCUGUCGUGGUUGCUAAGCUGCCUUAUAUCCAAUGUCUUCACAACCGUACAAUGUCAAAAAUGCUGAAUCACGACAUCGCUGAUGCAAAAGAUCGAUGUGGCAUCAAUGUAUCUUCAUUGAUAAGUAGUAAAACGGACUGAUCACAGUUUUUUAACAGUAUUGAAGUCUUAUUCCCCGUUUUUACUUCUGGUAAGUAGCGAAGCUAUUGAGUUUUAAUAUUUAGACUUAAGCAAGCUAGCAACAGUGCAAUAAACUUGCCAUGGCCGUGUAAUGGUUAUUAAGUAAAUGUCAAAUUAUAGCUAUAAAUGCUUGAACCUAUACUAACUAAACGAAGGGUCUAUUGGUCUCGAUUUCAAUCAUUCGUCUAGAAUGUUUGGGUUUUUCCACCUGGAGAUAUUAAAGUAAAGAACAAGAUUUGACAUUGUUCAGGGGCACCCAACGGCUGUUUUCUGUGAAAUACCUGUUCGGAGAAGCAAAAAUUGCCCAGAAUUUUCAAAAGUUUGAGAAGGCUGAAAACUUCUAGAUGACUGUCCAUUCAUGUACAGUUUUCGAAGCUUAUCUAAUAAAUUCCCUAAGGUUUUCUGAAGUUAAAUUUUUCCCAUUUCACUACCGGGUUAAGCUAUUUUUCGUAGAGAAAGAAAACCUAACUUUUUGGGAAUCGAAAAUGCGUUGUAGAGAGGAAUCAGAAAAAUUCUCACUUUCGUAAAACUUUAAGUUGCAGCUAAAAUUUUCGGGAAAACAAUACUGAAGCCCUUGUAAUUUCUAAAACACUCAAGUUGCCCUAGGAUGACCGAGCAGAUAUGUAUUUAUCAUGGGUUAUGUAACCUUUUCUUUGGGGUGUUACAUGGUAUGCUGUUCUGUUGCUUCAUUAGCGGUAGGCUAUAUAUAUUCGAGUUGUUCUCAUUUAUAUUCAUUCGCGUCUUACGACCGUCCCUACGCCCUCAAAAUUAAAUACCCAGUGACCAGGGGUUUCUCUUAGACGUAGUUUUUUGCAUGCUGCUAUAUGAAAGGUUUAGCACGUUUUGUAUGUUUACUGAAUCGUUGUUAUACGAGCAUAGUUUAGAUCAUUUUGUAGGGUUGUUCUUCUUGCUGUAAUUUUUUACAUUUCCGAGUUUUCAUUCUGUUUGUUCAUAGUUAUUAGAGGAGACUGGUUAUGAAAAGCGGCAAACAUCAAUGAUAAAAACAACAGUGCUGCAGUUUAUGUUCAAAGCACCGUGACAGUGCACAAUCCUUUGUUUUCUGUUGGCAAAUUGUUACGGAAUAAAUUAAUGCAACGUUUUUAUUGGUCAAUACAAUCAAAAUGAUAGGAAUUCUUUUGUACGUUGUGCACUUUCAGGUCCACAAAAACAUAUAACAAAGGAGUCUGACGGGUUUCAUAACCAUUCCACUCAAUUAACUAUGGUUUGUUGUAUUAUUUCCAUCCAUUCUGUCGAUGAAGGCAUAAUAAAGAGGGUCGCACACGGCUCGUGUUGACACACCCCAAUUGAGGUUGCUUUUUACAUGAUAAAUGUUUUAUAUUCGUUUGAGCGGGGUAGCGAAUUAGAAUAUAAAAGAAUUUUUUAGCGCCACUUAGAAUACGUUUUUAGUGAUCUAAAAGUACUCUGGAUAGCCUAAAAAGUGUUUUCAAUGCAAUUACAGCAAACUGUAGCAUGAAACCGUCGUUGGGUGCUCCUGAUUGUUUUGAGGCAUUAGCACACUUUGAAGAAUGUUUAGUGCCCAGUGAAUGUUAAUCUAGAAAGCAUAAUUGCGGAAGUAGAUAUUUCCGUGUCAGAGGGAAAAAAGAAACCUGAUUUAAAACCUUACUUUUCCAGAGAUGCCGGUUCUAGUCAAGUCAUUAAAUGAAUUAAACAUAAGGAUAAAAAAUAAGUUGUACGCUCGGUUUAGUGCAGGAAACAUCACGACUAUGGUUUCAGUCUUUCGCAACUAGGUUUUAACUGAAGUUAGGAAACAUCUUAUGUCAGUCUUUCGCAACUAGUUUUUAACUGCAGUUAGGAAACAUCUUAUUAUGAGAAAGUAAUUUUGAUUUAAAAAUAGAAGCUCGCUAUUAGAAGAGUAUUACUCUUCUAAUAGCGAACUUCUAUUCUUAAACCAAAAUUAGUUUCUUAAGAUGUUUCCUAACUUUAGCUAAAACCUAGUUGCGAAAGACUGAAAUCAUAGUCGCGAUGUUUCCUGCACUAAACCGAGCGUACAACUCCUUUUUUUUUUAAUUAACCUUAUCAUUAAUUCAUUUGAUGACUUGACUUGAACCGGCAACUCUGUCGCACCUCGCUGUGACAUUUUUCUCAUCCUUCGUUCGAAGUGGUUCUCAAUGCGACAAUAGGGAGCUUAAGCAAAGACGUUUUUGAGCGACGCACGUCAACCGGAAGUGAGGCCUUUUCCCUUUUUAUACGCCUGGACACUACCAAAUUUGUAUUGCUGACUUUUUUUUCUCCCAUAAAGACGAUUUACCUUAGGGUUUCAACCAAACCACAGCCCAACGCUGCAAAAAGUCCACUUCCGGUUGACGUCCGUCGCUCAAAAACGCUGUUGCUUAAGCUCCCUAAUAGCUCUACCUAACAACUCAACGUCAUGUUUGUGUUCUCGUUUUGAGAGCGCGGUGAAAUAAUAAAAAUAAAAUGAAAGAGAGUUGUGAAAGUUGAAAUAGAAUCUAAAAAUGUGCGUCUAUAUGUUCGUCACAUAGGAUUUCUGUGUUAGUUAAACUCAGACGAGAUUUUGUUAUGAGGAAGUUGGUUAGAAAACAAGGGACUAAUAUACAUGCUGCUUUGCGGAGAUUUCGUAAAAUUUGACAUGUUUUAACCAGUCAGAAGUGUAGUAGAGACAGUAGUAGGGUUAUCACCUUUUCCGCAUUCCGACGUGUUCAUUGCCUUUGGCUCUUUCCCUCUUAUCUGGACCAUUACUUAAUAUACUCACUUGAUUAAUUACUUUCCUUUUUUGAGACAAAUGACUUUGAUAUUUGUCGUCUUAACCUCUGUUUACUGAGCAAGCGUAAAAGUACACGCGUCAGUUAUUGACCAAGUGUGAGGUCAAUAUCUUGCUAGAUAUUGGCCAGUGUUUUUCUGCAUCUUUAUCAGUAUGGUGGAGGAGGAGUCUCACAGAAGAAAAAGAAAGCUAAUAUCCCAUCUUGACUUUACGCUUGGUCAAUAAAAGAUUUAUCAUAUGGCCAAAAGAAAUUAUGACUUUUCAGAACAUGGCGGGCAAUUCGAAGGGGCAAUAUAUAGGCUCAUUUUCUUCGCUCAAGUAGCCUGCUUAUAGAGCAGUUAUAGAGUCAACCAUAAUAUAAAUAUUACCAUUCAAGAACUAGAGAUAUGACAGAAAUGUUGCGUUAAUUUUCCACUUUGCAGGCAAUAACUAGCUCUCACAUAUCCUCAUAUAAGACCUUGCCCUUGUCCAUUACAUUGUAUGCUUUUGUUUAGGGCAUGGAACAAUCAGCAGUAAGCGUUAUGGCCUUGUUGAUGGUGCUGUUAGUACCUCCCCCUGCGUGUGGUGUGAUGACAUUUGACACAGGCGCUGGUAAAGUACUCAAGCUUAGUGUGACUCAAGAUGUCACUCUAGAGAGGGGAAGCCAAAACUUUAACAGUUUGAAAUAUCUCAUAGUAUCCAAACACCCGGGAUAUCCUAACAAGCGCUCAUUGGUCCAGUUUGAAAAUCUUCCCAGUUCGUGUCCAUCAUCGAAUGUGAUUUCAGCCAAAAUGUACUUGUACUAUGAGUAUUCCCACAAAGCAAGUUUUAGCUCUAUCAAAAGUGUCCCUUUCAUUCUGCGUUACUUGCGAGUGUACCUUGUUAAAAAACCGUGGGCUGAAUCUCAAGCAACCAGUACUAUGCGCAAACGUGGCAUUCGUUGGUCUUCCCCAUGGCUAGCGCUGGACGGCAGAGACGCUGAGGCAACUCCCCAACGAGGAAUUGUCACUAUCUUUCCCUACAGACCCCGAGGUUUUGUGGAGUUUGACGUCACAAAUGCGGUGAAGGCGUGGAGUAGAGGAGUACCUAAUAACGGCUUGGUGAUACGCGCAGUAAACGAGUUUAGUCCUGGCAGGGACACACGCUUUGCCAGUAACGCCAACACCCCUUCAAAGCAUGCGUUUGUUUUGGUGCGCUGCAAAUGA